AAAAUGUCUUCUCUUUUCUCAGUCCUCUUUUGAAAUUACCUCUUAAAUUACAGCCCCCCCCCCCUCCACAGUCAAUGGCUAAGACCAGUAAAGCAGCUACUCUCCCUACAGUAUCAGUACCUGAUUCAUCCAUUGACCUACUGCCUGGAGAGGCACUAGUAGGUCAUGCUCCUGAUACCCAGCAGUUACUGUAUGAGUCAGAGGGACCUGAUAAGAGUCCUGGGUAUAUCUAUGGGACACUCUACAUUACUAAUCACAGACUAUCAUUCAAACCUGCUCCUUUCAACACUGAUAAACUCUCUCCAUUGGAUAGGUCCUCAGUAUUCAAGAGUCAUUAUAUUCCAUUGAGACUGAUACUGCAAGCAUACACUAUCAGCAGUAAUAAGAAGAGGCUUGUUACUGCCAAGUCAACUCUGCCAAAGAAAAUAAAUGAACUGGAAAUAAUCUGUAAAGACUUACGAAAGGUUGUGUUCAGUUUCAAGAGUUGCUCUAAGUCUGAUGUAGUACAUGUAAGUAUAGUUAUACUACUAUACCAGUACUGUACUGGUCUGUACUGUCAUUGUACUGUUACUGUUAGUGUACUGGCCUGUACUUAUACCAGUACUGUUACUGUACUGGCCUAG